UCUUAAUUCCAUGAACAAUUCAUGAUUUCAUUUAAUAAUAUCAGUUUUUUUUCUAGAAAGUUAUUAGUCGCAUCUUGAAUAAUUUAUAUUAUCGUGGUUAUUAUAUUUUGCGGAGAAAAAUGCCAGGAUUGGCGAACAUGAAUCGAUUCGGUCGAUUCGUAGAGAAACGGCACGAGGCUAUACUUAUUUCAUAUUUAAAAUGCUGUCCAUCAUUGUAUCACGUGUGUUUUGAUCCCAUUGGAACACAUCCAAAGAUCAGAGCCGUUAUAGGAUUUUUUCUUGGACUCACAUUAGGAAUAUUUUUCUAUGUGACCAUUAUACUUGAUCUAGCCUUUGAUCCAUACACAACUCUUGGACUUGGGGCAAUUGUCAUCGUUAUGCUCUCAGCUGGUUGUGCUUCAUCAAUUCAGGUGAGAUGCGUUUGUGUUCUCACAAUUCCAGCUUUUUUUGGAAGGUCAGGUCGGAGUAUGCUGAAAGCUCUGGUCCUUGGCUUCGUGAUAGCAGGACCGAUCUUUAAUCUAACUUACAAUGGAAAAGAAGUGGUUCGAACAUUUGCAUGUACCGCUCAACUCACCUACAACCUCACCAAGACCCGCUUUGAUCUAAUGUUCAAGCCCGUUCAACAGGCGAUGCUAGGGAUGAAGGAUAACAUCAAUGAAGUGAAAGACACGUUGUCAUCUGUAAGAGAUCUGAUCGGUCCUAUUGUGGAGGAGAUUGAGGGCGAGGAAGAGAUGAAAAGACUUAAAGAGGAAAACGAUUAUCUCGACGAGUUGCAGGGUGACACUAAGAGGAGUGAUGAGAUUGAACGCAAACACGAGAAAGAAUUGGAAAAUGCCAAAUCGCAAGGGGAUAUUUAUGAGGCUAAGUAUCGAGAGAAAAUAGAAGUUAGGUGUGAGGAGCAGUUGAGCAGAGGUUCUGAGCGUUGCCGAGAAGGAUUCGCGGAUGCUUACAAUAAAUGUUAUGAUACAGUGACUUGGCUGGCUGCUUGGUUGUUAUGUUGGCCGAUGAAAUUGACAUUUGUUUGCAACAUAGUUCAAGCUCUCGGAGGCUCCAGCAUCUGCAAUCCCGAGGGAAAAGUUGAUGUCGGCAUUGGUGAAGGAUAUGCAAGUCUGAAAGAUACCAGAGACUCCCUGAGCUCCGGUUUCAAAGACGCUCGUUUACAAUACAAACUCAAAAACGCGCCCCUAAUCCUGGACCUUCGCGAUGCAGGAGAUACCGCCAAAGCGGUCCUCCAUGACUUCAACAUCCGCCGGCACUUCUUUGAUACAGUAAUGACUCUCCUUAAACGCUGUCUAGCCUUUGUCUUCCUCAAAAUAAUUCUCAGCGCUCAAGACUACCAUGACCGUUACCUCACCGACAUCGAGCAUGAUAACCACUACAUAACUUCCUAUUUCCGUAAAAUUGACGCACGUCGCAGGUACCGAGGUAGUGCUGUCAUUUUGCCCCUGAAGAAGGUUGAGCUCCAAAAGUUCGUUGAUCCAUAUCGCCUGAAACAAGGAAAAAUCGAGAAGAAAAACUUGAUCGGCCAGACAGUGAAGCUAAUCCUAGAAAUGGUCACAGCAACGACAUUCGUUCUCCUCGAUCGUCUCUUCUUCGAGACUCUAGACCUCAUUCGAAGACAUGGACACAUGGAAUUCACUCAAUCAGGUCAUCACGACCUGAAUGUCGAUGUCAAGGGAACUGGAGUCAUAGCUUCACUCAUAAGAAGCGUCGUAAAGGGGUUCAACGUAAAAAAGAGGAUAAAAAUGGUGGUAACGAAUGCUGCAUGUCUUCCCCGUCCUUCAGAGCUAUCAAAUUAUAUCCUCCUGAAGAUAUAUGGAACCUACACUGCUAUCUGGAUUAUGCUCUUCGUCGCAGCCUACACACAACGUUUGAGAAGAUUGAUAUGUUCAUUUUUCUACAGAAAACGAGAGAAGAGACGAGUAUUGUAUCUUUAUAAUGAGACAUUGAGGAGAAGAUUAGGCUACUUCAGGUUUAUGAAGGUCAAGGUGAGAGCAUUGGUGAGAGCAAGUUUGUUGGAGAGGGACAUGGAUCCAUGGGUGGCAUUGAGGCUCAGGUCACCCACAUGGUGUGGAUGGCUGAAAUUCUUUGCCUUCGCCAGGCUGAAGUGUCUGAUCUGUGGUGAACCUGAGGGAAGGAAGGAAACUUUUCGAAGGUGCGAGACACCAGGGUGUGAGUUCAUCCACUGCUGGGAAUGCUGGAGGGACAUGGGAGAAGUUUGUUUAGCAUGCAUGCCAGGGGAAACUGAUGAUGAGGAGGAAGAGGACUAUGACACCCAGAUUGAGUGAUAAGUUGUAACCGUAUCGUGCAGUUAAUGAGUAUUCUUUGAAGAUAUAAGGUAUUCCCCGAAGGGUCGGAGUGAUCCAGAAGUUGG